GUCACUCAGUCGUCGAGCGGAUUGCGUCGACGACGGUCGACUUCGCGACCGAUUAUCGUUGUCUUAUCUAUCCGCUAUCGCGACAUGCCAUUGCCGAGUCGGCUCGCGUGAAUCGCCGAGGAUUCAGCUGACAGCGCUUUCGAUCCGGGAGAUUUUGUGGUGAAAGAGGUACAAAUUACCGUCGCGCUGUUGUAAUCCUUACUAUGAAGUGAUAAACAAAACUCUCGGUAUUUGUUGUGUGAACUGUUAUUAACUAAAAUACAGUAAAAUGAACAGGACGAAAGUGCAAAACAGUUGACAAUGGAGAUUUGUGGUUGACGCAAGUUGUUUCCCAUCAUAGAAUGGGUAUACAGAUGGAAAUCACCCAAGGGAUUCUGGGUACUGCCAUUUGCCGGAGAAAAGGGGAACCGGAACUGUAUAGCGCGAUGGAGACGCCGGCAGAGUAUUACACGGACACAUUGCACACCAUCGCUAUAAAUACAAGACAAACAGAAUUUGGCAGUAUUGUCGAGCCGAUCCCGAUAACGCUCAAAACGUACAAACCAUUCCAUGUCCAUGGACAUUCUAUGAACGGGUACGGCUACCCCCCGCAGCAAAUGCUGACUUCUUUAGUCGCUGCUCCCCGCGUGCCUGAAGUUGAAUUACCCUCCACUUCUACGUUCAUUCAGACUCCCAUCAAAGAAUCAUUCAUAAAAGAAACCAAAGAUGUAAACGAAAGCGUUGCUCGACCCCCACCUAAGAAGAAGUGGAUCAAAGAAUAUUUAGAGGAGAAGCCAAAGUCGCCGGUGUCGGUGAGAAUAGUGCCGGUGGCUCCUCGUAUCAACGGCGUGGUUCGCCCUCUGUCGCCGGUGCCUCCGGUGGCGCCCCCAAGUCUUCCCGCGCCGGUGCCGCCGCCGGUCGCCGUGGAGCCGGCGCCCACGCCCGCGCCCGUAGAAUUCGUACAAGAACAUUCCAGGCCUCGGACUACGAGCAACAGUCACGGGCCUCCACAAAUCCCCUCCCCACCUUCGGUCAGCAGCAAUGGCAGCGGAAGCGGGAGCAGUAGCAACAGCAGCGUCCCCAGGGCGGGGACUAGGGAAGUCCACAAUAAGUUGGAGAAGAACAGGAGGGCACACUUGAAGGAAUGCUUUGAGCUGCUCAAACGACAAUUACCAGGCACCCCUGAUGACAAGAAGACGUCCAAUCUGUCGAUACUAGGGUCCGCAAUUAGAUAUAUACAGGUGCUGCGACGCAAGGAGCGCGAGUGCGAACACGAAAUGGAGCGGCUGGCUCGCGAGAAGAUCGCCGCCCAACAAAGACUCGCUGCGUUGAAGAGAGAGGUGUCGGUACGCGCGACUGUGCGGCCUCGCAGUAUAGAUUCCGCGUCUGAAGAGCAAGGUGACAAUAUCAACGGACAAGUUAUAGGAAUUCCCAUAAGCAUUACCUCUUCACCGCCACAUACUGUAGUGACAAGAAUGGAGGCGUCUCCACCCCGAUCUCUAAACCUGAGUACGAAGCUGCGUACGCUGCCUAUACAAAUAACACCGACCACUUCACAGGUAGUGAGGACAUCAUACGGCACGAGACACAACACCCUCACGUUGACCACACUAGCCCCAGCUGAAGCCGCUCAGAACGGACAAGCUGUAGAAAAUGGAGUCACAAAUGGUUUAGGCACGACGUUAGUGCAUCCUGCUCAGAUACAUUUACCUAUAUCUCAGAUGGUAGGCAGUGGAGGCCUUGUAGUGGGUCCCGCGGCGUUACAGCUUCUGUCAACUAGUGGAGGUCUUAGGGUCUUACAGGCGCCGACCAUCCAUACUAAUGGUAUAACCACGAAUGACCCCGGUCGGAUACCCAAAGAGAACGGGAUUAUUUCACCAACGCCCGUUUCCACUGAAGCCGGCAGCGUGGUGGUGAGCGGUCUUACACCUAUAGUCGUGUCGCAGCCGCAUUUGUUACAAACGCACACACUAACACACAAGAUGGUCGAAACCCAAAUGGUGAAAGGCCCAGUGGCGCCGCUAACGGUGAGCACGCAGUACCUCAGCGCGACCACUAUAGUGAAACCCGUAGUGGUGGUGUCCAGUGCCCACGCCACCCCCCCUUCCGUUCCCCUCCCCACCCCCGCCACCUCGCACAACACGUGAUCCGCCCGUGUCAAACUCCUGGCGUCUUAUAGGCGCCUGGUACUUGAGACUUGAAAGUGAUUGAAAGUCAUGUGAAAACAGUGUAUGUUGAUGAUACUAUUUUGAGGGUCCGUCGUGAAAGUCACCCUGACGGAGUAGACAGAGUCUCGUUAGGGUUGGUUCAGGAGAUAGACAGUCUGCGAAGUUCGGAAUGGCCACGUGGAGGUGACGAAGCAUUGAGAAGAUAAAACAAGGAGAGGUUUUCAAUUAGCUGUAUGAAGAAAAUGUUCAGGUCAAAUGUUGUAACUUACCUUCAAAAUAGUUUCAGUUAAUAUUAAGACCUUCAUAAUAUUUGUUAAAGAUCAACUCACUCGACCGAUUCGCGUGAGUUAACCAUUAACUGAUAUAGUGAAAUUAAAAUAGUGAUUCUGAAUUAUAAUUUGGAUGCUCUUUUACGUUGGAAUUAUCCGACAGUGCCUGCGUUUAUCUACGUGGUUAGGAACUUAUAAUAUGUACUGCCAAUAUUUUUUUAGCAAUAAUUCAGACUGCGAAUAAUGGUUGAACUGUUUGAAUACUUACAAUGUUACUCUGUAUUGGCACGGUUUUGUUUAUCGAUAUAUAUUGAAUUCUUAUGAUAAAUCAUUAGUACCAAUUAAAUCACUGUAGGUACGUAUUAAGCGGUGAAUGAGUUAAUAAAAAAAACACAAUAAACUACAUUUGUGUACGUUUUUUAACAGACAUAAAACGAAUUAUAUCUUGUUUCAGUCUACAUUGUCAGUAAUUGAAAACCAUAUUCUUGAAAAUUCAGAUAAAUUUGCAAAAUCUAUUAUAAUAUAAUUGUAAAAAAAUAGACAUAUUAAAAUGUAAGACGUAAGUAAUUUUAUUUUUACGAUUAGUUGUUUUUUUUUUUAACUUUUAUGCCUUAUUUUAUAAGUACAUUGUCUAGGACAUCAAUAUAUCGAUAAACAAAUAUGCGUCUAUUCUAUUUUCACAUCCAUACAAAUAUCUGUGCGUUUGCUACCUCACCCGGAUGUGACUGCAAUCAUUCCGUGAACACCGGUCAAAAGGUCUGCAUCGGUCGUAUAUGAGUCUCAUUCACACUUAUAUUCUCUAGAAAGAGAUGGCUACAUGUUUGAUAACUUGCGCAAUAUUAAUGACCUCUGGUAGCGUAUUCGAACACUUGCGCCGCGAAUCGGGAAAUGUCAAUGACAAGUUGCGUAAUGACAAUAGGUCCAUCCAUUUCUAUACAAAGUUAUUUGUCCACAGUACGUCGGUAAGUUCUUAGAGAUUACAGUAAAACUAAGUGUGAAUAGAGACUAACGUAACGCAUCUGAAGUGAAGAUCGCGUCUGUUAAAAUGUAUUAAAAAUGCACAUCUUCUUAUGGUCACUUUUAUAAAAGGAGUGCUUGCGAAGUGACAUGUGAUGCCUAACAUUCAUGGACAAAAAGUGUCAGUAAAUACAUAUUUAUUUUUUUAAUUAACAAUUACAAAGUAUUCUCUUUAAAUUGGGAAUGAUGACGUAAGCUACGAUAGACAUAUAAAGGACUAAGUCGGUGUUUUGUAUAUAUUUAAUUUUUUGUGCAAUACAUUUAAAGUAAACCAAUCAGUGGUCUAUCUGAAUAAAUUAUUCGUUUGACGCAUCGUGCUAGAGCGUAGACGUUGAAAAGUACGCUUACAGCCUCAAAGUAUGACAUGUAAAUUUCAUAUUCCCAAAAAUAAUUAUUAUGAAUGUUCCCCAUAUAUAUUUCAUCAAUAGCUUUCAUGUUUUCAAUUUAACAAGAAUACUUUCUUAAGGCUAAAUGCAUAAAAAUAACAUAUAUAAAUAAUUUCAAUUUCGCAAUCUAAUUGCAUAUUUUAUAGAAUGGAGUGAAUGUUGACAAUUUUAUUUAAUUAUAAUUUUUUAUUUAUUCUUAGGAGUAAUAGGGAGCAAAAAUUUAGACGAAAUUUCUAUAUGGAUUGGAGCGGAUUCCUUUGUUAUCUUGACGAUCUUAAUAUCAUAAUGUUAAAGCUUAGAAUUGUGUAUAAUAAAUAAAUUAUCUCUUUGCUUUCACGUGCCAAAAGAUGGAAUUAAUGAUUGGUGGGAUUCUUUGGUGAUUUACCAAAACUCAUUUUUUAAAUAAUACUUGGCAGAUAAGCCUAUGCCAUACCUUUAAUUUAAAAAUACGUCGAAUUUCGUCGAUAUUAAGUACGAUUUGAUGGUAGAAAAAAUAAAAUCAAAAAUUGCGCCAUCUGAUGACGUUUCAUGAUAUCCAAAAUAUUGUAAGGUGAUUUUAAAAGAAAUUUAUUGAUUUUAAUUUUAUUCAAGUAAAAAGAGUAAUUAAAUAUUUUUUCUUCGACAGUUCAUGUUAUGGAUAUAGGCUUAUCUGACGACAAAUAGCCGUUCUAAUUUGAAAAUCACUUUCCAUCAACUGUGAAAAUGUAGACUUAGAGCAGAAGUGUACUUGUUGUGUACCUAUAGAAAAAAAAAACGGGAGAAAAGUUUAUUUUUUUUAUAAUAUAUCUGUGAUGUUCACAGUUAGUUACUUGUAGGUAAAACAAAACUGUACAAAAAUCUAUAGGUGUUGUCAAUUCUAACAAACGUGUGUUAAAAAGUCAAUAAUGAUUAGGAACAUAAAUUUAAAAUAUGUGGCUUAUACGUGUAAAAUGCAAUAUUAAUGAAAAUUCAUGUGAUAGCUGGCAUAAAGCACUAGGAGGCCAGGUAUGGUAGGUUAUAUACAUUUUCAUUAACGACGUCAUAACUGUCACUUCCUAUAGGUAAUGUUGAAUAAACAGAAUAAUAAUUCCACAAUAAGUUACAGAAAGUGCUUUAUGUAUAGAGAUAGCAUCUCGCUCAAUUUGUAUCUUUAUUAUGCAAUAAAAAGAGACGGCAAUAUUUUGAUAUUUCAUAUUUGAAUACCCCUGGCCUCUAGCGCUGGCACGGGCCAAGCGGCCGUCCUCACUGUGUGCCUAUUUUACCUUUUUGAAACUUAAUUUUUACCCAUGUAAUUCACUCAGUCAAGCUAGACACCCGACUUAUAGAAGAAAAAAAUAAAUUCUGGCCUACAAAAGAGUUAUUUUCAGAAAUAAUAAACUCUUUAUAUAUUUUCUUAAAACAUUAUAUUCUUAAGGUCGUAGACAUUGAAUUUGCGUGUAGGUUAAUUUUGUAGUGUUCGAAUACAAAAAUUAUAAUAUGAUAGUGUUACCUAUCAGUAGUUUAUGUUGUCUUAGUACUUCGAUAGCUAGUUUAGCUUGGCUGAAAUGAAACUUGUGACUAUGACUUUUAUAGAAAUUAUUUAACGCAAAAAGAACAGGCGUUACAUUAAUUUCUGUAUAGUCGAUUUUUUUUUAAUAGAACGUAGAUUUGGAUGUUUAUGAUUAAGCUCUCUGUUUUUACGUUGUUAAGUUUUGCUGUCUGUCAACGUUGAUCAUCUAUUGCGAUGUUGAAAACAGGUGAUUCAGGACUUAGAUAAGGCAUAUCUUUUGCUGUCGGAACCAUGUAGGAACCGAAAAAAGUAAGGAGAUAUAUGCCAUAGUUCCUGAAUAGCCCUACUGGACUGGGGUAUACACACAUUUGAAUAUUUUUCAGUCAGUUUUAAAUUUUCUUCGUAAUUACGCAUUACUUGAGCAAUUUCUACAGUAAAAUAAAUUUUUCCAAAUUGAAAUUAGAGUAACAUUAAGUAAACAAUACGUUGCUCAAUGGUACUUUUAUAUCAAUUUUUAACUACCUACUUAGCUAUAUCAAUUUUAUUUACUUUUUAAAUUACCGUAUUUUAAGUGUGUGUUUAGCCCUAGUCUGUCUUUAACUAUUGAAGAUUAUAAUUGAUAAGAUUUUUUAUAGCGCAAAAUCUUAAUAAUCUGUACUGUCUAUCUGUUUGUGAUGAUUUUAAAAGAAAUGUAUUUUGCCACACCAAGGUUUAACGGCCGGUCAACCAUGGACCCUUUUAAAUGUAAUUUUAUUUGAUGAAAAGUAAGAUUAACCCGCUAUCUUAAAUAAAACUAGCUCUUUAUGGUUAUGCUUCCUGGCUGUUUUAGCUGUGACGUCAAAUUCAUGAGAAUGUGUUACUAUUUGCGCUUCAUGUACUAGGGCCACAUAACCGAUACAGUGCUAACAAUCUGUUAAUGCCUCUUUUGUAUUAAAUUGUCCAUAUGAAUACGUUGUAUAUUUGAACUUUUUUAUUCGAUUUUUUUUAUAACGAUGUCCCUUAAUAACUCUUCUAGUAAGAUGAGACAGGCUAUACAAAAUAGUGACGCUUACGCUUGUUUGAAUGGUCAACAUCGCCAUACAAACUUGUAUGAACAUUAAUUAAAAAUCAAAUAACAAUAUUUUUUUGUAUUUUAUAUUUUAUUUUUCGGCUUUACACUUAAGAUGCAGAGUACUUUAAAAUGAUGUAAUAAAAAUGAAUUAAAUGAACAUUAAUAUGUACUAAUAAAAGAGAAAAUGUUGUAACAAAAUAAAUAAAGCACGAUGUGUACGAAGCAGAUAACAAAAAGAAGUUAAAGUGAAUUGAGCUUUAAUUGUAUGUUUUAGGAUCUAUUGUAGCUUGCCGUAAUACGCUGGCAAGUAAUUUCAUACUUAUGGAGUACCAUUUUUAAAACUGUUGACGCGUGUAAAAUCGUUCAACACCGAAUAAUGAACUACUCGAAGUAGAACGUAUUUUUCUGUAAAUCUCAAAUUAUUAAAAAAAAGGAAAAAUUUCAACACAAAUAAUUCUUCAAAAAACUACUCAAAACAAAAAAAAAUUAAAGUAGUAUCCAAAAGUAAUAUCUUUUGUCAAUGAUUUUCAGUGAGUAACAGCAUUUAUUUUUCGUUAAUUUGUCUUUGGCAAGAAAUUUGUUUGUGAAAUUAAUGAUAACAAUAACGAUCAUCACAUUAACAUCAUUACAAUUCUAUUUAUUCAUAAAUAUCUUGUUACAAAUCUAUCAAAAUUAUUGUUAUCAAUUUUAUUCUACUCCACUUUACAUUUUUUUAAAUUAUUAGUUUGUGAAUUUCCUAUUGAAUAUCUAUCAAUUCAGGCCCAAAACUGGCGAAAUGCUUUUAUACAGAAACCAAUCAAUAAAGAUUAAAUUCUCAUUCUAUAUAAAACUAAUAAUGAUGUAAAUAUGAAAAUUGGACCCUUGGCAUGCCUGUAAUCAUUGCCAAAUCGAUUAUAACAAUUUUACUCACCAAACUCAAAUCUAAGUAUAAAAAUGUUUCUUUGAAACUAUUUGUAACGAGGCCCGCUCCAUGAUCGAGAUUUUAAAUGUUAACAAAUAAAGAAGCAGUAUUUUUAUGUAUCAUGCUUUUAGAAGCGAGAGUUUUGAAAGGUCGCCUAAAUAAAGGCUGUAUGAAAAUGUGUAUAAAUAAAUAUAAAGAGAGAAUUUUAUUUUAAUUGUAAUAUUAUGAAGCGAAAAUGCUCAUGUACAUAAAAUGACGUAGUGUAUAAAGUAAUAAUAUGUUAGAAAUACACAAGAAUUACAUAUU